GUCCGCGCGACAGUAACGGAUAUUUGCGCCUCAAAACACCGAUAAAACCGUCACUUGACGCCGAACGGAUAAAGCGCGGAGAUGUCUGUGGCGGGGCUGAAGAAGCAGUUUCACAAAGCGACGCAGAAAGUCAGUGAGAAGGUCGGAGGAGCUGAAGGCACCAAACUGGACGAUGAUUUCAAAGAAAUGGAAAAGAAAGUGGACGUUACGAGCAGAGCAGUGCUCGACAUCAUGACUAAAACCACAGAAUACCUGCAGCCAAACCCUGGUCUGGCUCUGCUGGACGCCGGUGAAUCCAUGCGUGAGCUCGGCGAGGUGAAAGACGCUUUAGACAUAACCGUCAAACAGAACUUCAUAGACCCGCUGCAGAACCUGCAUGACAAAGAUCUCCGAGAGAUUCAGCACCAUCUGAAGAAGAUGGAAGGCCGCCGUCUGGACUUCGAUUAUAAGAAGAAGCGUCAGGGGAAAGUGACGGAAGACGAGCUCAAACAAGCGCUGGAGAAAUUCGACGAGUCUAAAGAGAUCGCGGAGCAGAGCAUGUUUAACCUGCUGGAGAACGACAUCGAGCAGGUGAGUCAGCUGUCGGCGCUGGUUCAGGCUCAGGUGGAGUAUCAUCAGCAGGCGGCUGAGAUCCUGCAGCAGCUCUCCAGCAAGAUAGAAGACAGGAUAAAGGAGAUGUCCAACAAACCCCGGACGGAGUACAUCCCCAAACCCCGCAUGGAGCUCCAACUGCCCAGUGAGAAUCACAACGAAGGAAUAAACUCUGCAAAAUCACCUGCACGCUCACCAGCUCCGUUGGAUCAGCCGUGCUGUCGCGCGCUCUACGACUUCGAGGCAGAGAACGAGGGCGAGCUCGGCUUCAAGGAGGGAGACAUCAUCACUCUGACCAAUCAGAUCGACGACAACUGGUACGAGGGCAUGAUCCACGGCCAAUCAGGGUUCUUCCCCGUCAACUACGUGGACAUCCUGGUGCCUCUGCCUCACUAGGCUCCGCCCACCCCCGCUGUUGCCUAGCAACCCGACAGCCGCCUUUAUCGUGCAUCUGUGCUACAGCUUCCUGUUCCUGUCGAUCAGUGACUCGGAGGAUCAUGAUGAUGUUGAGGAGGAUUAAAGACAUUACGGAGUCCCGUCUGAAUGGAGAAACAGUUCAGGUUGCUCAGUGUGUGUGAGUGUUUGCGCUCCUGGACUCGUGGUUUACGGUGAAUCAUGAGUCUGUUUAUAUUGUUUUCCUCGUGUUUCAGAUUAUUUAUUUGUACUUCAUAAG